ACUGGACAAAUAUAUUAUACACAUGCACGAAAUCGUUAGAACAAUAAUUCAUUCUUAACUAUAGACUAUAUAACGUAAACGAUUUCUCUCGAGUUCUAUAAAGCUAAGACAUACAUGAGACCAAAUGCAGGGGAAGCAAAAAUGGAGAUUAAAAAUAUGAGGGUGAAGAAGCAUUUUGUGCCAUUUCUUGUAUUUCUUUGCUUGGCAACAGCUAGUACCAACAACGUAGAAAGCCAGAACCUCCCAUUCGGGAAGAAGCAUUUUGUGCUUGUUCACGGGGCUGGUCACGGAGCAUGGUGUUGGUACAAGGUGGCAACUCUACUGAAAUCCGCCGGUCACAAUGUUACAGCUCUAGACAUGGCGGCAUCCGGAAUAAACCCGACGCAGGUACAACAAGUCCAUUCGUUCUCCGAUUAUGCUGAGCCGUUGAUCGAAUUCAUGGCGUCUCUACCACCACUGCAUAGAGUUAUCCUAGUUGGCCACAGCAUGGGUGGUGCCAUCAUAUCUCUUGCCAUGGAGAUGUUCCCUCAGAGAAUCUCAGUUGCUGUAUUCGCCACCGCUGCCAUGCCUGGCCCUAAUCUCACUUACUCCGCUAUAUUUGCAGCGAUAUCCAGUGGUGUGAGUUUUAUGGAUUCUCAGUUUAUAUAUGAUGACGGGCAAAACAACCCUCCAACCUCGUUGGUGUUUGGGCCUAAAUUCAUGUCCUCUUCGUUCUACCAGCUCUCGCCUCCAGAGGACUUAACAUUAGCGUUCUCAUUGGUGAGACCUUCCCCACUCUUCAAUGAAGAAUUGAAACUCACAAAGCUGAAAUACGGAUUGGUUCGUAGAGUAUUCAUAGUAAGUGACCAAGACCGUGCUUUUACCGAGCAAGUAGUAAGGUUGAUGAUUACUAAAAAUCCGCCAAAUGAAGUGAAAGUGAUCAAUGGUUCAGAUCACAUGGUUAUGGUCUCAAGACCAGUAGAGCUGUUCUCCCAUCUCCAGAAGAUUGCUGAGAUGUACGAUUAGCGAAAAUAAACUCAUUCAGAAGAUUUCCGCUAUGACUUCUGUACUAGCCAGCUUGCAUUUCUCUUAUAGCCGCUAGAAGGCUACGUGUAAUAAAUAAAGGAACCACAAGCUGCACUGUUCUUAUCU